GUAGUUCAUUUUUCUGCCCUAAGCUUUCUCUAUCAAAUUAGAUGUGCGAGUCUGAUUUUUCAGCUACCGUAGAGGUCUUAAAAAAACUAAGUAUAAUUCAAUCAGGUCCUCGGUAACACUUUCGCCUACCGAAACGAGCGAUCGAUCAAGUUCGAUUGCAAAAUAAUAAUCGCGGAAAUUGUGAAAAAUCGAUCGAAUCGUGCAGAAGUUCCAGAGCAGCCAAAGCGCUGUUCUAGAACAAACUCGUUAGCUCUCGCGGUGAGGCGAGGUACAACUUUGUGUAGGUAAGAGCGUGUGGUGAAAAUCAGCAGCUGCUGGUGGAAAUACCGUAGGUACGAUACGCGAGGAAGUGUACAAUUCAAACACAUUGAACUGAGCAGACGAAGAUCUGAAGGUUGUGUUCGGAAAAAGAGCAAAUUGAGGAUAAAAGCUACUGACAAGACUAAGCCCUGAUGUCACAACAGGAGCAGGCUCAACCAACUGUGCGGCAUAUUCCGAUCUUUGUUGAGGGUCGGUCAGAACCGCUGGUGAACAAAAUACCCGAAACGCAGACAAGUCACAAUUCGUCAACGAGUACGAUGCCCGAACCACCUCGAAUGGAGAUGCCAUCUCACAAUACUAGUGACUUUUUCAAGCACGGAUCCAUUUUCAACGAUGCACGAAAUUUUUUGGGCCGUGCGGAAGAUUUCACUAGAGAUUUCUCCCCAGCUAGACAAGUUCCUGUUUUUACUGAAAGUGGUUUUUCCACAAAUACAGUGCCUCCUUCGCAACAAACGCAGGCUCGUGGUUCUUCGCAGCCACGGCAAACACCUUCUCCUCCAAGUGCUACACAGCAGCAGCAGCAAUAUCAACAGCAGCAAGCUCAACGGUUUCAGCAACAGCAAAAAGAACAGGAAGCCAAACAACAGUCUGCAGCACCACAAGAUCAACCAGAUUUUCAAUCCAAACAACCUGCAUCGUCUGCUAAUGAUCCUAUCAGCAAAAUUCAAAAAAUCCAGCGAGACGUAUUGGCAAUUUUUGACCAAGUUGAGAGGUUUGAAGGUGGAAAAGACGGCAAACGGGAUAAAACGUAUGUUUAUCUAGAUGAAAUGUUGACUCAGAACUUGCUGAAGUUGGACUCUAUCGACGCUGAAGAUCAACCGCAAAUCAAAUCCGCCCGAAAAGAAGCUAUUAAAAGCAUAAACCAUUGCAUUGCCGUCCUUGAGGCAAAAGCAGAAGCUGGAUCUGCAACUGAAGGCGGCAGAGAGGUGACGGGAAGCAACGAGCAGGUGCCUAACGGAACGGCCAACCGAACCGGUUCCGCCGCUUCACUGUCCCAUUCUUCGUCCAACUCUUCUAGUCAACAGCAACAGCAGUAAUAUAUUCAAAAACUUAAAAACGGGCCUCUAUGAUUAACGCGUCACUUAUGACAGGUUUUUUCUGUAAUUGAUUUUCGUUCAAACGAAGAUUGUACGAAACGUUUUCCAGCAGAGCAGCUUAUAGAAAAUCAAUGAACGUUAAUUAUGAUCUUUUUUAUAUAAAUUGACAGGCGAUGGGCAAUACCGACAAUGAGCGUGAAUGUUUGUGCUUGACAAAAACUUAAUGAAUGAAAUACUAGAACAGAACACUAAUCAAAAAUUAAUUUGGUGAAUUUAGUUCGAUUUAGUUGUAUGCCAAGCAGUAAGUAAAGAUUUAUCAUCAAUUUGCAAGUGUUAAAUGUAAUUUUUUGGCGUAAAAUAUGUUGAUCAUUUCCAAAUGUAUUUGCCAUAUUACUGCUACAUAACACUAAUGUUGUUAGUAGAUUUCCUUCAUUUUUGAGACGAAGUAUUUCUUUGGUUAUCGUUUUGUUAUAAUAAGUUAUAAUAGUGCUGCUAACAUUUGCUUUCAGUUAAAAACUAAGUCAUUUCAGAGUUUGUGUAGUGAAAACAUUUUCUUACAAUAAAAAAAAAUAACAAGAAUUGUUUACGUCUAUAAAUUUUUCAUUAUUGUUCUUUCAUUUUGAUAUUUUAUCCGUUUUAUAUUUAUUUGUCCGCUGCUAAAACAAGAACAAACAGGUAAUCGUUCUUCAUGCGAUUUUCACUGUGGUUUUAAACCCAGUUACAGGCUCCAGCGAUAUAUAUGUAGACCGGACUCUUAAUUUCGUUACACACAUGAACCAGUGAAUAUUUAUAGGACAUUGUAAAAAAUUAUUUAUUUUUUGAUUAAUGUUAUAUUGGUUGUGUGAUUUUAAUUUGUCACGAAAUAAAUUUUAAGAAGAAAGUAAGCAUACAAACGUAUAUGACCUAGAUGAUUUAUAAAACAGAAAAUAUUACAAUGAACAGCAAGUUGAGUUUACAUUUAAGGUAAAAAUAUAUAUAAAAUUAAAAUUACCUAGAAAAGAAAGAAAAAAUUAAUACAACAAUUAUAAUCAAAUUAAUUACCUUGUGAAGAACAGUAAAACA